UUGGGGUGUGUGAAGAUGCAGAAAAGAAAAAGAGAAGCAGCACAGGAAGUGACUGAGGUCUCGGUUAAGGCAAAGAAACUCUCUCACACAGAUGCUUCAGAGUUCUGCAGACAUUUUGUGCUCCUCCACGUUCAUCUCAAAGAUCUGGUUGGUAUCAACAUCAGGCUGGAGGGAGGACUCGGGUCCGGUCUGCUGCGGAAGCUUUCUUCCAGGAGAUCUCACAGACGAAACAACAGUCCCCGCCCCCAAGACGCCAAUGACAUGGGGGCCAAUGGAGAUGACAGCGGGCCGGGGAGGCUGAGCCGCAGGUUGUCUCGUCUGGGCAGACAUCAGUCAAGGGAUCCUCCAAGACCCCCAGCUCAGCCGGAGAGACCUCCUGCUCAACAAGAUGACAGGCCUGCUCCACCCCAGGCUCAGGCUCCAGCUGCAGCCCCGGCUCCUCUGCCCCUGCCAUUGGCAAUGCCCCCGAAACGCCCUGACAAAUCCACAAAGCCCAAACUGCCCCGCCGACCCCUGAGCAGGGUGUUCAGCAGCACUGAACAUGGAGCAGCUGUGUUGCAGGGCUGUGAUACUUUUCGGGGAGACGAGACUCUGUGCGAUGUCGUUUUGAUUCCUGGAGACAGCAAAGAAAAGUUCCCCGUGCAUAGAGUCAUCAUGGCUUCUUCUAGUGAUUAUUUCAAGGCCAUGUUUACAGGAGGCAUGAGGGAGCAGGAGAUGAGAGAGAUCAAGCUGCAUGGCGUCACCAAGUUAGGUUUAAAGAACAUCAUAGACUUCAUUUACACGUCCAAAGUCAGCCUGGACAUGGGGAAUCUGCAGGACACACUGGAGGCUGCAAACUUCCUUCAGGUCAUGCCCGUUCUCAGCUUCUGUAACCAGCUGCUCAGCAGUGAGAUCACUAUUGAUAACUGUGUGGAGGUGGAGCGCAUCGCCACUGAUUUGCUCCUGGAGGACGUUCAGCUUAAUAUAGGUGAGUUUGUGAGCCAGAACCUCUCAGCGUUGGUGGAGAGCGGACGCUACCUCCAGCUCUCUGAAACCUCCAUGGCCAACGCUCUGUCCAGUAACUCUCUGGAGGGUUUCUCUGAGGUGGAGCUCUACAACAUCGCCAGAGGAUGGCUUGGCCACGACCCUCCAAAUCGCCGCUCAUCCGUCUACGCUCUAAUGCGUCAUAUACGCUUCCCACUGAUGAGCCCCGGCGAGCUGAUCGGGAUCUCCCAGGAUGACGAGGAGGGAGGAGACUCCAUGAUGCGCUCCGAGACGUCCUGUGUGAACCUGCUGCUGGAGGCCAGCAACUACCAGAUGAUGCCUUUCAUGCAGCCGGCUCUGCAGACUGAGCGGACACAGAUACGCUCCGACGCCACGCACAUUCUGGCUCUGGGUGGUGUGAUGAGACAGCAGCUGGUGGUCAGCAGAGAGCUGAGGCUGUACGAUGAGAAUACAGGUCACUGGAAGGCGCUGAAGCCCAUGGAGGUGCCGCGUUAUCAGCAUGGGGUGGCUCUCCUGGGCGGCUUCCUCUUCAUCGUUGGAGGUCAGAGCACUUAUGACACCAAAGGUAAGACGGCCAUCGACAGCGCUUACCGCUACGACCCGCGCUUUGACAAGUGGCUUCAGAUCGCCUCACUCAACGAGAAGAGGACGUUCUUCCACCUGAGCGCUCUGAAGGGGAAACUGUACGCAGUCGGAGGGAGGAACACCUCAGGGGAGAUUGACACGGUGGAGUGCUACAACCUGAAGAAGAACGAGUGGACGUUGGUGAACAACAUGGUGGAGCCUCACUACGGCCACGCUGGAUCAGUUCAUGGAGACCUCAUGUACAUCUCAGGUGGCAUUACCCGUGACACAUUCCAGAAGGAGCUCUGGUGUUACGAUCCUGUCGCUGACACGUGGAGCAGACGAGCCGACAUGAUGGAGCUCCGCGGCCUGCACUGCAUGUGCACCGUGGGAGACAGACUCUACGUCAUGGGCGGGAAUCACUUCAGAGGCAGCAGCGACUACGACGACGUCCUGGGCUGCGAGUAUUACAGCCCGGAGGCGGACCAGUGGACGGUGGUGGCGCCGAUGCCGCGGGGCCAGAGCGACGUUGGCGUGACGGUGUUUAACGGGCAGGUCUAUGUAGUGGGGGGGUAUUCCUGGAACAGCAGGUGCAUGGUGGACAUUGUGCAGAGGUAUGAUCCGGAGCGGGACGUGUGGGACAGAGUGUUCAAUGUGCUGGAGCCUCUGGGGGGGAUUCGUGCUUGUACCAUGACGGUACACCUGCCGGAGGGGUCUGUGGACGAGGCCCAGAUACAGGACUGUCCACUGCCCACGGCUAAGAGCUGAGGAGCACCAGAGACAAGAGGGUUCUUCUUAGUUUUGAUGCUGUCAGAAACGGGGGGAGAAAAUAUGCAAAAAGGAAAAAAAAAAACGGGUCACAUGUACGGGUAGCAGCUGCGUUGGCUAGGUAGCUAAAAUUAGCCUUCAGAGGUUAUUUUUCCAAAACUUCACCACCUGAAGUUCCAUUUUCUGUCCUCACAUUGCACCAUUCUUGCUUUUGUGUACUUUCUCAAUCGUCCCUCUCGAGUCUGCUUGACAUUUCCUUCUUUUUGGACAUUGUAGUCGUUGUUUUCACAGGUAAUAGUUUUAUCAACUUGGAGGCAAAUUUUUUUUUUUAAAAGUCUAAGCAUCCCAGCGGUUAAGAACUGACAAGUUAGACAGUUUUACCGUCAAGCACUUUACCAUCGCAGGUGCCUUUUUCUGUCCUUCUGUUGCAUAUGUCCUGCUCUUGUGUUCUUUCACGAGCUAUCCCACCUCUCAAACUGGCUUCAACUUUGAUUCCUUUUGGACAUUAUUGUUUCAAAGGGUGACGUUUUAUCAGAUCAACCUCUGAGUCAAACAGGUCAGUAUUAGUUAGUUGGUCUUUGGAGUCCCAUCGAUGGCGGUGGCCAUGCUGGAAAUGCUGUUUCAACCUAACUUUCAGUCAACAUAACGAGAGGUUAGGCAGGUUUUAAGCGUCUUGAGCCCUCCCACCCCACACACAGUAUGUGCCAUCUGAGCCAUGAGCUAAUCAGGCCUAAUUAAUUUUUUUAACCAGGCUGUAAAUUUCUUUAAAACUCCUUUUUUUUCGGAUGGGGUGAGCAUGCAGGGGUUGAAGAAACCAGUGCCCUAUUGAGUAAACUUUUACUGCCACAGCAUUGAGUACAUUUUCAUUAGCAACCUAUAAACAAAGUUUCUAUCCUUCAAGUUCAUAUAGGUUAGGCCUACCUUCUUUGAGAGUGUUCUGAAAUACUUUUGUUUUAUUGUAGUUUUAUUGUAGUUUUGUUAUAAACACCUCAGAAAUGAUCAUUGAUUGUGAAAUGUUAUUAUCUGUGAAUAUCUUCAGUCUAGUAGGCUUGUGGUAUAGUAUCUUGAAAUGCUGGCAAGUGGUUAUUUAAACACGAAAUCGCGUAUGGGCUGUGGGCCUAAAUUUUGGAAAAAGUCCAGGGCCUUUUUUUAGCCCCAGUCCAUCCCUGUGAGCAUGUGACUUCUGGUGCUUCUGCAACCAGCCUCAAGUGAUCACCAGAUGAAGUUGCAGGAUUUUGCACUCACUUUUAACACAGGUUGCCGCUUGUUUCAAGCAUGAGAUGAGAUGUGAUGUGAUGUGAUGUGAUGUGAUGAGAUUCAACUUUAUUGUCAUUACACAUAUACAAGUUUAGAGUAACGAAAUGAGGUUUGGCAUCUCACCAGAAGUGCAAAUAAGCAGAAAGUGCAAGAAUCUGUGCUAUGUACAAGUAAUUACAAAAUUUACAGAUGUAGACUAAAAAAAGUGAAUUAUUGGGUAUAUAUGGCUGGAUUAAUGGGAUGCUAUAAAUAUGAAUAAAUGCUAUAAAUAUAAGUAUAUUCUUCAGAUUAUAAUAUACAGAUUAAGGUGCAGUGAGCAUGCUAUACUAGUUUACAGAUAAUAUACAGAAUAUGGACAUAUUUUACAGGUCGAUAACUUAUUGAGGUGAUAUGAACAUACUAUAAUACAAAGGAUCAAAGGAUAUUUCUUCUUCAUAAUAAUCAUCAUAGGUUUUAGCUCCCUGAGGAUACCUUACAUUGCAGCAGACAUGGAGGUUUUUAUUUAACUACUGUCACACCAGAAAUGGAGAGGAAAAAGAGCAAAUAAGAGAUGGAGUGGAAUGUAAGCUCAGGCAGCAGCUGCAAGCGUGGUUAGUUAGCUAACAUAACAUAAGCCUUAACAGUUCUUUUAUCAAGCAGCUUGCAUUUAACCAUGCAGCCUCUCUCCUUCACUGUGUGGUCGUAGUAUGAAAUCUAUCCUCCCUUCUUAAAUGACCUAGUUAUAGAAUCUUUAUGGACAUUAAAUGUGUCUCUUCUUAGCCAACGUACAGAUCAGACAAGUCAGGAUCAGUCUAACAACAGGUAACUCCAUCUCUGAUUUAGGGGUUUUCUGUUGUUGUUGGUGGAAACAGACUUCAGCGUGCGAUCCAAAAGCAGUCACAAAUGUGUCUUUUUAGUCUCAUGAUUGCACGAAGCCCACAAUGACUUUAUUCUGCAUUCACUGCCUGUGGUAUACAGACUGAAUUUCUAGUUUUUGACAGCGUUUCAUCGUCGUCUACGGUGACGCACCAGGGAUUUUCUGACCUUUUCUGAGCUGUAAUGUGUUUAAGUUUUACAGCCUCAAAACAAGGCUGAACGUGUUUCCGAGCAGGAGUGGCAGAGAGCAGAAAAUCCUGUUUGAUACUGAGCGAUCAUUUUCCACAAAGCCCCUAGAAUAAAUGUCUGUACUCUUUUUUUCUAUAAUAUAAUACAUGUAAUGGAUGAAUAAAUGUUGGGUUUUUUUGCAUGUUUUGCAUAUUUAUAUUGGAAAUAAAAUGUUAAAGAGGACAUAUUA